AUGUUAGACAUACGAAAACCCACACGCCGAUAUAUUCGGUCACCCAAGUCCGUGGGUGGAUGGCUUCCUCCGAAUAAAGCAGACGUACUGCAAUGGGUCAAGAAAAUAGCCGACAUGUCUAAAGCUAACCCCCCUCCCAGAUCAGGCCCCGUCAAAGCCCUCGAAACCCUCAUCAACAACAAUGCCGAAGUGUACAUGUUGUUUCAUGAGAUGAUGGUAGAAGCUGUUGCGGGAAUGACGGCCUGCGGCAAAAAAUUCAUUGACUUUCCCAUCUCGGAUGUUGCGCAUCUUUUGGAUACUCUCGACGUGAUUCUCACAACCGGCCCAGCCUUCUUCUCGGCAGGCGAUCCGCAGAUUGGCACUCCCAUCAACGCCUUGCUGGUCUGGCCAAUGGCUACCAAGGCCGGUUUCGCCGUGUUUAUCCGCAGCGACGUCAACCAUGCCAUCAAGGGAAUCCUCGACUACUGGGGCGCAUUCCUCAAAUCCCCCAACUCAUGCUCUGUCCUGACAAACGCCGCUGGUGGUUGGUUCUCGGCAGCUGCUCUGGACGACCCUCAUAUGCGAGACUUUGACAAGACGUAUAUUUGCGACCCGAAAAAGCCACAUUGGGGCUUCACGUCUUGGGACAACUUUUUCACGCGUGAAUUCAAACCGAAUCUGCGUCCCGUGUGUGAACCUAAAGAUGAUUCUUGCAUUGUUAAUGCGGCUGAAUCAACAUUCUUCAACAAAGUCGAGGGUGUUCACCUGAGGGACAAUUUCUGGCUCAAGGGGCAGCCCUACUCGCUGUACCACAUGCUCGACGGUGAUGCUCGUGCUUCUCAAUUUGCCAACGGCAGCGUGUACCAAGCCUUUCUCAGCGCAGACAGCUACCAUCGAUGGCAUGCACCCGUGUCUGGCCGGAUCUUGGACUAUAAGAUUGUGCCCGGAGCUUACUACUCGGAGCCCAUCUUGUUUGGCUUUGAUCCUGAUGACGGCACCCCAGCCCCAGAUGCAGGAGCAGACGAGAAUUCCCAGGGCUACAUCUCAGCUGUGGCUGCGAGGGGGCUGCUUUGGAUUCAGGCUGAUAAUCCUAAAAUUGGGCUCAUGUGCAUGGUUUUUAUUGGAAUGGCAGAGGUUUCCACCAUUGACGUGACCAUGGCAGUCAACAAACACUUCCAAAAGGGUGAGCAAUUGGGCAUGUUUCACUUUGGCGGUUCAAGUCAUUGCUUGGUGUUUGGUCCCCAUGUGAAGCUGAACUGGAAGAUAUCGCAUAAUCAGGUCCACAUCAAUAGCGAACUGGCGAGGGUUAAGUAG